AUGGCUAAAAGGUCCAAGAGUCCCACUCCCCCCAGUUCAGAAAAAGACGAGGAGAAUGACGAAGAGAAAAUUACUCAUGAAUCACCGAGAGGUAACACCCCUCCCCGGUCCCCAUCUCCAACACACUCUCUUCAUGACAACCUUCUUAUACCACCUCCAUCACCGAAACAGACUGUUUCACUUUCUGUUGCUCCUGUUCCCUCACCUACCACAUCUCAAACAACAACUUCAACAACUUCCUUACCACCACCACCACCACCGGUUACUUCUGUUCCUAUAUCCACAACCCCCUUACCACCUCCCAUUAUUUCCCAAUCAACUACCACUACCAUUCCUGACCCGAUAGUAGAAGUCAACGUAUCUGAUACGGGGGCAACUAUUGGUACUGAACCUCCAGUUACUACUAAACCUCUUUCUCCCACCCACUCAACUGAUUCGGGUGCCACUCUCGGUGGUGCUAAUGAUGAAUUUGAUUCCACUUACUAUAGUCCCUAUCGGCUUCCUACCGAUGAAGAUGAUGAUGCUCCUAUCACACACCAACACUUGCAGACCAUUAAUGAGAAACUGGAUAAACUGCUUGAUGACAACAAGUCUUAUAGUGGCGUUGUGCUAAAGGAAUUUUUGGACAUUGCUCUUGAGCAAUACAUAGAGUCUAUUGAAAAAUCCACACAGGCUGUUAAUGACUCUUCUUCUGCUUGUAAGAAACCCACUGCUGAUGUUGCAGACGUUGUACAUACAACUCAGAUCUUUCUCGACUCACUCAAGGGGCAUGCUGAUACAAAUGCCGCCAAGGUGCAAGCCUCUGUAGAUUCAUUCUCCAAGUCUCUUCAAUAG